AAUCAAUCUUCUACAGGUUUCCUAAACCAGCGAUAACUGUUUCUGUCUUUGGCAACUUCAGCCUUUAGACAAAGCUGUCAUUAUUAUUUCUUGGAGAGCAUAAAACAAAAGGCUUAUACUAUAAAAGUUGGCAUCGAGGGAAACGGAAAAGAGAAAAAGUCUCCAAUCCAAAGCCACCAAAUCAGUUUGUGGCAUAAAAUGGAGCCAAGGGAGAUAGCUUUUCUUCUGCCUUUCUCUAUUUCUCUCUAGAGCUUAAUUUCUUUCUCUAUCACCCCUUGCUUGCACUUUCCAUCAUAUUUUGGAUCAUUUAAGUUUUUGAAACUAGGCGAACAUUAUUGUAUUGAAAACACUUUCAUUUGAUCUUCUUCUUGUUCAUAGUCUUAUGACCAUAGAGAUAUUUUAAUAAGAAGAUCGGUUUGUUUCUGAUAUAGUUUCAAGUGUUUCAUCAAGUCACGUGUUUCUUAUUGUUUUUUUUUUUACAAGCUUACAACUCAGGUACCCAUCAUAUAUACCCAUAUAACAGAAUUAUUAGGGAAUUUGGUGUUUUUGUCCCCAGAGAAUGAAGGGCCAAAAUAAUCAAUACCCCUUAAACUCUGUUUCCAAGUUUUUCAAUGCUCAAUUUCACUUUAUUCAGUUUCUUACCUAUAUCCUAAUUUUGGGCUUUGGUAUAACCAUUGGAGUUAUCUUCAGUUUCUACCUUAAAGACUGCAACUUUAGUCUACAAUUCACUCAGUUGUCACUGUCUUCCUUUCCGCGAACACCACCCUUGCCACCACCAACUGCAAAACCAGAAAUAUCUAAUCAAUCUCAACCUCGAACACAGAUUCAAGCUCAAACACAAAUUCAAACUGAAACACAAAUGGAAACUGAAAAUAGUCAUGUAGGAUUGAAGGAGUUCCUUAAGCCUCCUCCUGUUGUGCAUGAUAUGGAUGAUGAGGAAUUGCUAUGGAGAGCUUCAAUGACUGCGAAGAUCCCUGAUUACCCGUUUGAUCGUGUUCCAAAGGUUGCCUUCAUGUUCUUGACAAGGGGUCCUGUGUUCUUGGCACCUUUGUGGGAGCAAUUCUUCAAAGGGCAUGAAGGGUUCUACUCAAUUUACGUGCACUCCAAUCCAUCAUACAAUGGAUCACGCCCGGAGAGUCCAGUGUUUAAAGGUCGGAGAAUUCCCAGUAAGGAAGUGGAAUGGGGUAAUGUGAACAUGAUUGAAGCUGAGCGUCGCUUGCUGGCCAAUGCACUUGUUGACAUCUCAAACCAACGUUUUGUACUCUUGUCAGAAUCCUGCAUACCACUCUUCAACUUCUCAACCAUCUAUACUUACUUGAUGAACUCCACCCAAAACUACGUCAUGGCUUUUGAUGAUCCUAGUUCGGUUGGCCGAGGCCGCUACAGCAUCCAGAUGUUGCCUGAGAUCUCCCUUAAUCAGUGGAGAAAAGGGUCCCAAUGGUUUGAAAUGGAUAGAGACCUUGCACUAGAAGUGGUGUCUGACAGAAAAUACUUCCCAGUUUUUCAAGACUACUGCAAAGGUUCAUGUUAUGCAGAUGAACAUUACCUGCCAACGUAUGUGAGCAUCAAAUUUUGGGAGGGGAAUUCGAAUAGGAGCUUGACUUGGGUUGAUUGGUCAAAGGGUGGUCCACACCCAACUAAGUUUUUGAGAUCGGAGAUUACUGUUAAGUUCUUGGAGAGUUUAAGGGAUCAGAAAUGUGAGUAUAAUGGAGACAGCAUCAAUGUUUGUUUUCUGUUUGCUAGGAAGUUCGCCCCUGGUUCUUUGUCGAAGCUCACCAAGAUUGCACCCAUGGUUAUGCAUUUCUAAUACUUCCAUAGGCACAAAAACACAAGUUACGAGUAUAACCAAUUAUUUCAUUCAUUCUUUUUUACCUUUUAAGCUUUUUAUUUAUACGGUGUAGACUUAUUUCAUCAAUACAGUAUGAGCUAUUUCAUUGGCUUAAUGGAUCUUCGUGGAUGGUUUUACUUCUA